AUGAAGUUCAUCGCCUCCAUCUCCGCCAUCAUCGCUGCCUGCGCUCUGGCCGUCUCCGCCGAUGUAGCCACGGGCCCCGUGUGGGGCUACCACGCCAACGACGCCAGCAUGGUGCACACGUCCAAGUGGGCCGAGCACUGGAAGGCGUGCGGUGGAGUGCGCCAGUCGCCCAUCGACAUCAAGACUGUGGCGAAGGUGGACAACGGCAAGAAGAGCCCGCUCCGAUUCAGUGGCCGCUGCUCGCAUUACAACCUGACGGAGCCGCACGAGCCGCUCGAGGUGGACGUCAUCGGAGGCAACUGCAUUGCUGCGGUGAACGAGGCCGAGUACAAGAUGGCGCAGUUCCACCUGCACGCCCCGUCGGAGCACACCGUAAAUGGCAAGGCCCACGACGGGGAGAUCCACUUCGUACACAAGAGCCACAAAGGCUCCGCUCUGUUGGUGGUCGGUAUCUUCCUGGACAUCGCUCCCAAGUCGGACGUUUGGCUGGGACCAGUUCUUGACGCCCUCGAGAACGUCAACUCGACCGCGCACAAGAAAAACGAGGCUAUCACCGUUCAGUUGAGGUCGUACUCGAACCUGAUCAAGAAGGCGAGCAAGAACUGCGGCAUCUACAACUACCCGGGCAGCCUCACGACCCCUGGCUGUGAUGAGACUGUGGACUGGUGGGUGGUGCAGAACGCGAUCCAGAUCUCGUCUGCCGACUUCAACCGUCUUCACAAGGAUUUGGUGGAGUACCACAUCACGGACGACGGCAACAACGCUCGCCCCGUGCAUCCUCUGAACGGCCGCACGGUGACGCGCUACAACUAG